AUGGGGGUGUGGUUUGGACAUGAUGUUACAGUAGUUCGUACGUUGAUAGAUGGAUGUUGUGUGAGAGCAAGAUGUUUCAAGUCAAUGAAGAAGAAUGAUCAACCACAUUCUGUGGGCCUAACAUUAUCAACAAGCCAUCAUGAAGAAAGUGACAGUACAGGGAGUCAAACGUCAAGUAGUAGGCCUAAUGGUGUUGAUAUUAGAGAGUGUUUGUGUUCCUGUAAAGCUGGAAAGGGCGACUGUAACCAUAUUUUAGGUUUGCUGUAUCUUUUACACCAUUGCAGUAAAUGUGGUUUCAAAACUGUACCAACUGUAACAUCAAAAACAUCACAGAAACAAACAUGGCGUAUCCCAGCUAGAACAGAUGGAAUAACACCAAAAAAGGCACAAGACAUUGGUAUAAGAAAGAUUUGUUCAUCAAUAUCUCUAGAUGACACAUCAAACAAGGCAACCUCUACUAAACGUCCUCGAAUCGAGGGAAUUCAUUCCACAUUUUACAAUCAAGUUUCAGUUCCUUUACCAUGCAACAAUGUAUAUGCAAGUGGAUUAGUCAUUAAUCCAAGCUGUUCUUAUCUUGGUUGUUCACCAGAUAGAAAGGUAUAUGAUCCAACAGCUAACCCACCCUAUGGCCUCCUUGAAAUAAAAUGUCCCAGCUCUGUUGACUCAAUAUGUGACAUUAAGUGUUUAAAGUUAGACAAGCAAACUUAUAAACUACGACAAAGUCAUGACUAUUUCUUCCAGGUUAUGGGCCAAAUGGCAAUAACUGGGUUAACAUGGUGUUUUCAUUUAGAAAGAAUUUAUUAUAGUAAUGACAAGUGGAUUAAUAUGAAAGAUAAAUUAGACAUAUUUUAUUUUUAA